GGAGCCGCCGCAACUUCUUCGCCUUCAUCUUCUUUCCCUUCCAUCACAACAUCCACCUCGCUCUUGUUCACCUCUCAUCUCGCACCUUUUCUCCCCUCCGUCCGUCUUCCUUUCAUCCAGCUGUGAUACGUGACACACAGCGUCUGUUCCUGUCGCAGAAGGCUGACGGUUUCUCUUUCGCGUCUUCUUGCCGAGACGCUCUUUGAUCCCAGGACUCCUCCGACCGGGAAAAAACUUUCUUCAUGACGAUGUCGUACGGCGGCGGCUACGGCGGCGGAAGCCGUGAUCGUGGCUACGGAAACACUGCAAGUUAUGGCAACGGAUACUCCAAUGGAUACAGUCACGGUAACGGAUACUCGUACGGCGGAUCGUACAACAAUAACAACAACUACGGCGGCGAUAAGAUGUCGUCUCUAGGCUCUGGCCUAAAGCAACAGAAUUGGGACUUGAGUCAGCUUCCAAAGUUCGAGAAGUCUUUUUACAAAGAAGACCCAGCAGUGGCUGCACGCUCAGAAGAGGAGGUUGCGAAAUUCCGACGUGAGAACCAGAUCACGGUCUCAGGUCGCGAUGUGCCAAAGCCUGUGACUACAUUCGAUGAAGCUGGCUUUCCAGCUUAUGUCAUGAGUGAGGUCAAGGCCCAAGGUUUCGCUAAACCCACACCCAUCCAGGCGCAGGGAUGGCCUAUGGCCCUUUCAGGUCGCGAUGUCGUUGGCAUUGCGGAAACCGGCUCCGGCAAAACGUUGACGUACUGUCUUCCCUCCAUCGUACACAUCAACGCUCAGCCCCUUCUCGCUCCCGGUGAUGGCCCGAUCGUUCUAAUCCUCGCCCCGACUCGUGAACUUGCCGUGCAGAUCAAGCAAGAGAUUGACAAGUUCGGUCGCUCCUCCCGCAUCCGGAACACCUGCGUCUACGGUGGUGUUCCCAAGGGUCAACAGAUUCGCGAUCUCCAGCGUGGUGUAGAAGUGUGCAUUGCCACUCCAGGUCGUCUGAUCGAUAUGCUGGAGUCUGGUAAGACUAACCUUCGCCGCGUGACAUACCUUGUUCUUGACGAGGCCGAUCGUAUGCUUGAUAUGGGGUUCGAACCACAGAUUCGUAAGAUCAUCGGACAAAUUCGCCCAGACCGACAGACAUGCAUGUGGUCUGCUACUUGGCCCAAGGAAGUCCGCCAGCUUGCAGCUGAUUUCCAGACCGAUUUCAUUCAAGUCAACAUUGGCUCUUUGGAUCUCUCAGCCAACCAUCGUAUCACCCAAAUCGUUGAGGUUGUAUCCGAAAUGGAGAAACGUGACCGUAUGAUCAAGCAUCUUGAGAAGAUCAUGGAAAAUCGUGAAAACAAGGUUCUCAUUUUCACUGGUACUAAGCGCGUGGCUGACGAUAUCACACGCUUCCUCCGCCAGGAUGGAUGGCCUGCACUCUCAAUUCACGGCGACAAACAGCAAAACGAGCGUGAUUGGGUUCUCAACGAAUUUAAGACCGGCAAAAGCCCUAUUAUGGUUGCCACCGACGUGGCAUCCCGUGGCAUUGGUAUGAUUGCAGACUCCUUGCGCGACUUCCUUUCUUUCCGCUCCCUCUUCGUCUUGUUUAAGCUCCUUUCUUUUUCAUUGUUCUGCGUGAUCCGCUUUAUGCUCUGCUCUAUUUUGCUCGUGCGCUCAACGUGCUGUCACUACUAUAACCUCGUCCAGGGCUUGCAAACAUCGGCCGAUUCUCCGGCACUCCUCGGAUGCUCGCAGACGGAAUAUGUCUACUUGAAAUGCCUGCAGUUCAUGACUCCAAAUAUGUGCUAGUGGGGUUGGUGGGCGGGCGUAGCAUAUCUUAACCUGCGUACAGUAGAUUGAACUACGAUGUCUGGUACAGGUCUUUUAACACAGAUCAUAACCGAUGGGCAUUCUGAGGGCGGAGGAUCAAUCACAGCCCUUCUAAGUUUUCUGGACGACGUGAUGGAUAUCAAUUAUGGUGUUGCGCACCGAGUGACCACAGAUGCAUCAUGAUGCUUCCGGAUCACGCGAUAUUCUUAUAUCGCGUCGCGCUCUUAUACUUCCAUUUGAAGAUGCUAACUUGAUUUUUUUUUAAAGAUGUCAAGAAUAUUACUCACGUGCUGAACUAUGACUACCCGAACAACUCGGAAGACUAUGUUCACCGUAUUGGCCGUACAGGUCGCGCCGGUGCCAAAGGCACCGCUAUCACUCUGUUUACAACGGAGAACUCUAAGCAGGCUCGUGAUCUUGUCAAUAUUCUCCGCGAAUCCAAACAAGAGAUCGAUCCACGCCUUGCAGAAAUGGCUCGCUACGGUGGUGGUGGAGGUGGCCACCGCUCGUGGGGUGGCCGUGGCGGUCGUGGCGGCCGUGGCGGUGGCUACUCUGGAGGUAACGCUGCACCGAUCCGGAACUCCCGGUGGUGAAGCCUUUUCGUGGGAGGCGUUGCAUGCUUAUCUUGCUCCUCUGCUCUAGGACACCAAGAAGCUGUAUAUCCCACACAGGCGAUUGUAGCACACUCAGUAUCAGCCUUCCAGUCCUCGAGUCGAACGGAUACUCGAUUACACUCGGGCCAGCAAACCGGGAGCUUCUGCCGUGGCAGUUGGCCAUGUGAUACCAAUUAGACCUUUUGUGUUGUUGCAUAGUCAUUAUCACAUUUACAGACGAGGCGUUUUGUUUUUUCGGGCGUUGGAACUUGCUCAUCGAGUUAAGAAUAGACUGAGAAUUGAUAGGGGCAUGGACUAGGUUUUCUAUUUUGCAUUCGCCUCCCCUACCUUUCGAUGCAGGGGCGGGUGGACUUGGGCUGCUGCCUUGAAUUCGUGGCAUUUAAGCUGCCACGCUCACAAUGGUAUUCUCGAAUGAUCGCAGCUGAUUCUUUUCAAAAGUAAGGUUUGCAUCAUGCACAUAGACCAGCAAUUUAGGAAGGCAGACACAGUCUAUCAGCCUUUUCUCCCAGAAGGGGGGUUGUUGUAUAUUCGUUUAUGUUCUUCAUCAAAAUCAAAAAGUCACUACGAAUGUUUUUCCGACA